AUGAAGACAAAUAAGUCAUAUAAACUUGUACUGCACAAGAAAGGUUUUGGUGGAAGUGAUGAUGAGUUGGUUGUCAACCCUAAGAUCUUUCCUCAAGUUAAGUUGGGUGAUAUUAUCGAGAUUGCACACCCUACAGAUGAAUACAGUCCGCUCUUAUUGCAAGUGAAGAGCCUAAAAGAAGACCUUCAGAAAGAGACAAUCAGUGUCGACCAGACUGUAGCACAAGCCUUCAAGCUGCGUGCCUAUCAGGAUGUUAUUGUUAACAUUGUCGACCCAAAG